AUGUUUAUUGUAUAUGUGUUAGCAGUGGUGACUUUGGUCAGCGGACAUGUCAUUAGCUCUGAGCCCGAUAUCUAUCAAGAGGUUCGGGAGUCACGUAACUUUGACGGGAAGGUAGCUCUGGUGACCGGUUCUAACUCAGGCAUUGGUGAACAGAUCGUCAAACUGUACUCGGCUUUGGGCGCCAGUGUUGUGGUCACCGGCAGGAAGGAGGCCGACAUCGCACGGGUGGCCAAAGAGGCUCAGGCGUUGUCGCCCAAGAAGCUGAAGCCCCUGGAAGUUGUUGCCGACCUGACCGUAUCGGAUGAGUUGGAAAACUUGUUGAAACAAACGGUGCAAACCUUUGGUAAGUUGGAUGUGUUGGUCAACGACGCGGACAUCUUUAUGUUCGCCAACUUUACGGCCGACACCUUCUGGAAAACGUUUGACUCGUUUGAGAGUAUAGGCGUGCGAUCGCCCCUUCAUCUCAUCCAAAUGGCCGCUCCCGCACUCAUCAAGUCUAAGGGCACUGUUAUCAACAUAUCUAGUGUGCUGUCCCAACGCCCGCAAAAAGCAAUGCUUGCCUACGAGUUGCAGAAACAGGCGCUAGAAAUGGCGACAAAAGUUUUGGCCCUAGAGUUGGCUCCGUUUGGCAUUAGAGUCAAUACUUUGAGUCCGGGUGCCACUCAGUCGCAUCCCGUAAACACAACAAACCCGCACUCAGUAGCCAAUGCCAAACGUAUAGCCGACGCCACACCACUGGGUCGGGUGGGACUGCCCAUCGAUAUGGCAAAAGGGGUGGUAUUCCUGUCCUCAACGGACGCCUCAUUCAUAACGGGACACAAUCUGGUGGUCGACGGAGGGCUCAGAUUUAAUCUGGAUUCCGGUUUUAUGACUGUUAAAGUCUAA